UUUCAACCAUUUCCAUUUAAAAGCGACAUUUGUAAAGCCAAGGCUUUUUUCAAAUUGUAAACAAACCAACUUUAGCUCCCAUAUAAGAAGAAGAUUGACGAUCGAGAAGUUUCCAUAUUGUCUCAUACGAGAUCUCUCGAUGUGGUCCGUAUAAACAGUGAAAAUCCAUGCUUCGGAUAUAUGCAAAUAGAAUGUCUUUGGGUUAUGAUUUAAGCCAUUCUUCCGGAUACGCUUCCAAGCUCACUCCCAGAACCUUGUAGCAAAAGUUGAAAAAUUAACUCAAAGGAGACAAAACAAAAAACAAAACCUGACCACCCCGUCUCACUGGCUCACAAAAUAUCAUCUCAGUUUCAGGGCCAUAGCAAUCAAUGUAUGAUUGGGGGGUGGUGGGGGAUACAAUACAGAAACAUUAAGAAAACAUUGGGGGUGCACAGCCACGCCCCUCUUCUGGUCAUUUCCUUUUAUAUAUUGAUCGGGGGGCUUCUGUCUGACCAGGUAUUCUGAUCAAUUUACAAAUUUCGACAUUCGUGAAUCACGGCAAAGGUAGCAAUCACAGAUCACGGUUUUUAAUUUGUCGUUUUCAUGAUUCACGAUAAACAAAAAAGGCUGUUCACAGAUCAAGUAAAUAACCCAUACCACCUCUGAUAAAUGAUUUUACGAAUUUCGAUUCAUGUCCAAAUCCCUCAGGCAUCUGUCUAAGGGAUAAAUGGUCUUGAAGAUAUGCAUCCAAGCAAGGUGAUAGCAACUACUAUUAAGCCAAAUAAUAGAACAGGUUCUUUUACAAAUUUCAAAUCGAACAAGGACAGAAAAGCUGAAUCACAACUCUGGCGGUAUGAUACCCUAAAAUUUACCAAAUUGGAAUUAAUUGUGAAAAAAAUUAUUUUCGUCUCAAAGUUACCGUUAUUUAUUCUUGAAAUGUAUGCCCUAGUGUAAUUUAAAUGAAAAUAUAAUUUUUCCCUAUAGUAUUCAGCUUUUAAAAAAUGUUGGCGAGCCGUUGCUAGGGGCAACCGGUCUGUUUGCAAUUUGUUUUGAUCUAGAAGUCGGAUUUCAAAGGGCCUAUUUCGAUGGGGUUUUCGAUUUUCUCUUGUUUGGGUUCCCUGUGUUUUAUCCACGUGACUGAAUAGAUCACUAACAAGAGAGUUUACAUGCAGUACCUUCCUAAAUAUCGAUCUUCACAUUUCAACAUCAAAUCAAAAUACAACCUUCCAUUUUACUCUUUAAAUAUGCCUAAAUUCGCUAACCAGAGACGCAGAAAGCGGCGUUUUUGUGGGAACCGCUUUACAGGAAGUCUCAAUUUAGAGGAAAGCGAGUAUAAGAGAGUUGAAAACAGUCCUAAUGAGUCGGAAAACGAACCGAGUUGUUCGACUGACAUGGAGCCUGUUCAAGAAGGCAAUCCUGCAAAAUCUGCUUCUUUUCGAAAGCUUUCGAAAACCGCUGUCGAGGCAGAUACAGUGCCUAAACCUUCCCAAUCCACUGCAAAGGUAUCUGAUGCUAAGGUGACUGGGUAUCGUUUCGUGGAUAUGGACAUUCUUAGCAAUAUUUUCGCUUUGCUACGAUGUGGUGACUGUGGCGAGUUCUGCCUCGUGCUCGGGGAAGACGAGCACAACCGGAAGGGUUGUGCCUCGAAGCUACGUCUAACCUGCCAGAACUGUGACUGGAAGCAUAUCACUUAUACUUCGAAAGUUCAAGGGCAAAGUUAUGAAGUGAAUCGCAGACUGGUUUACAGCAUGAGAACACUCGGAAAGGGACAUACUGGAGCCAGAAAGUUAUGUUUACUUAUGAACAUGCCGCCACCACCUACUGCAAGGGCAUUCACUAAAAACUCGCGCACACUGCUGAAGCAUGUAAAGGAAAUUGCAACCAAAAGUAUGGGUGAUUCUGCAAAAGAGCUUAAAGCAGAUACAUCGGAUGGGCCAACCAAUUGCGGUGCUUCAUUCGAUGGCACCUGGCAGAGAAGGGGCUUUUCAUCUCUGAAUGGCUGUGUCACCGGCAUCUCUAUUGACACAGGGAAAGUUCUCGAUGUAGAGGCCCUUACGGUGUCCUGCAAACAAUGCAAGCUGCAUGAUCAUCUAGAUAAGGAUAGCGAGGAAUACAGUUUGUGGAAGGCAGAUCACAACGACUGCAAGGCCAACUUUAGGGGUUCCGCACCUGCUAUGGAGCCUGAGGGUGUACAGCGAAUCUUUAAUCGUUCUGUAGAGACCCACAAUAUCCGUUACACUGAAUAUUAUGGUGAUGGCGAUUGCAAAAGCUUUAAUAGAGUUGAGAAAGUCUAUGAGGCUGACAAUAUUAUAGUUAAGAAAAAGAAGUGUAUUGGGCACGUACAGAAGAGAGUUGGUAACUCCCUUCGAAAACUGAAACGUGACAUCCCAGGUCUAGGCGGCAAAGGCAAGCUAACCGAUGCACUCAUUGACAAACUACAGAAUUAUUAUGGCAUUGCCAUACGUUCAAAUGUUGGAAACUUGGAGCAGAUGCGUAAGGCAAUUCAUGCUAGUCUUAUGCAUUGUGCUUCUAAUGAAGCCAGAGUGCUGCAUGACCACUGCCCGACUGGAAGCACAAGCUGGUGUAAAUAUCAGAAAGACAAAGCAGACCACACCAAUACAUUUAAGCACAGUGCUGGUCUGCCAUUGGAGAUACUGACCAAGGUAAAGCCAGUAUAUGUUAGGCUAAGUGAAGCCAGUCUGCUGGAGAAAUGCCUACAUGGCAAAACACAGAACCAGAAUGAGAGUUUGAAUGCAAUGAUUUGGCAGCGAGUGCCCAAGGAGGUGCAUGUCGGCAGGGAUAUUCUGGAAUUGGGCUUGUAUGAUGCUGUAUGUCAUUUUAACAUGGGGUACAGCUCUGUACUAAGACUGUUGGAAGCCCUCAAAAUCCCUGCCGGCAAAUAUACGGAAGCAGGCUGUGGCCUUGAGGAUACUUCUAGAGUUCGGCUUGCAGAGUAUAAAAGUAAGGAGGCAUCUAAAAGAAGGAGAAAGGUCCUGAGAGGCAAAAGAAAAAAGAAAGAGGACAAGAAGAAGCAAGCUGAGGGCUCUCUGUAUGAUCCUGGUGGAUUUUAGAAAGUAUGAUCGGAACACUGCCCUCAUAUUAUGAAUUUACACAUUUACGUUAUCUUUAACUUGAGAUUUCUCAAAUUGUGAGAUUUCCGUAUAUUAGUAAUACUCUAACAGUGAUAUCUUCCAGAGAAUUUGUUGGAAUUGGCUAUUUUUUUCAGGGGAUGUGCAGUAUAUGUAUUCUUAUACACAGACCUAAAGGAUAAACAUUUGCUUUAAAUCUCAAAUUGAAAAUAAUUUUCAAACCUGACAAACAAAUAUCCAAAUAUUAGUUUCUGACAAAAUAUUCCUCUAAUUUGAAAAAUAUCACCAGGGUAAUUUCUAUACUUCAUUGUAUGCAUAUGUUGUAGUAGAAGAUUUCCUAAAACUUUGGUGGCUAUUGAUAAAAAAAUAAAGGAGUUAUCACUGUAAGACUGGAUACCAUGAUUUCGGGGUAAUUAAGCCCCCCUGGUUGCCAUAGCAACGCAAUGUUUUGUCAAGUAUGUCAAUAAAUUUAUCUGAUCACA